AUGACGAGGAAGAUGUUCACCAAUACGAGAGAGCGAUGGAGGCAGCAAAAUGUCAACAGCGCCUUUGCCAAGCUGCGGAAACUCAUUCCCACCCACCCACCAGAUAAAAAACUGAGCAAGAAUGAGACUCUAAGGUUAGCUAUGAGAUACAUCAACUUCCUUGUCAAGGUCCUGGGAGAGCCAGGCCUGCAGCAGACGGCGGUGGCAGCACGGGGCAGCAUCCUGGGGUUCUUCCAGCAAGCACCAUGCUUGCAAAGCAUGGAGGAGCUGACUCUGAUUGAAAACUGUGGUGUCUCCUCUCCUGGCAUGAGCAGCAAUAUAGUCGAGUGUUGGUCAGAGACAUCAUCUCCCUAG